UGUUUUGUGUUUUUAUAUAUUGUGUAAAAUGUUUGUUGUUAAUUUCUAACUUUUGACCUUAUUUCAGAUUCGUGAAGUCUUUGUCCAAUACAGUUACAAUCUUUCAUUUGAUUUUACGACAAAAAACCAAAAUAAAACCUAUAAUUUUUUAUAAUUCACACCACGUAUAUGUUUUAAAAUACUUUUUAAAACGGAGUAUCGCAGUUGUCUUGAUUGUAGAUUAACAUUUUGUAAUUCUUUUUAAAAUACCCGGCAUUUCAUUCGCGGACAUUCGCCGUUAAGUCCGUUAUAAGAUGACUUUGCUGUUAAAUUCUUGUCGUUAACCGUGUUGCGACUGUUGUAGGAGCACAUACAAUAAUACUGUUUAGGUAUAGUACAAACCUCUUAUGAACAAAAAACUGCUGACAAAACUGUUGUAAAGGCACACACAAUAAUACUGUAUAGGUAUAGUACAAACCUCUUAUGAACAAAAAACUGACAAAACAUCACUAGAGGAUGCAAACUGUGCAGAUUUUGGCCCUUGUUUUCAUCAAUCUGUAUAAAAUAUUUGCUAUCCAGUUAUACAGCCAUGGAACAUUUUAGAGCAGAGACCAGUUUCCUGUCCUAAGGCGGAUGGACGACUCUGCUCCUGACAAUUCUGUUUCUGUAGCUCGCUGUCUGCCAUGUCUCGCCAUCAACCAUCUGCUGUGCAGCAGGGAUCCUGCCCAGCACUCGCCCAGUCAUUCUGGCUACAGUGGGUCGAGAAGGCAUUUCCUAAUCUCGACUCUCAAGCCUACUUCAUCCCUCCUGUCUACGUUAACCGCGUGCCAAUGGCCAGAUGGUCGACUGCUGGUCGGGAUGUCCUGGUUCUUCAGUCAGCACCUGGACAGGCUGGUCAGACCAUGCAAGCAUCUUCACCUUCCCCAUCAGCAUCCCAGGUGUCCCUUCCUCAAGAUGCACGCAUUUCUGACAGUGAUGUUAGAGAUGAUGCAGCCAUGCAGCGAGUCUUCUGUUGCUUGCAGAAAAUGGCCGAGCAGAACGGAGAAGUCUUAGUAGGUCUGAGUCAGCUUCAGUUUGGCCAGUACCUGUCUGAAUCCUGUUAUGCUGCUGCAGCAGCCCAGCUACCCCUACCUGCAAGUCUUCCUCCUAGUCUGCCGCGGAAGUGGAAGAGAGGAGACUUCGAUGUACUUCUCAUUCACCAAACUUACGGCUUUGUCGUCUGUGAGGUGAAGGCAUUCGGAGAUAAUGUCGCGAAACUUAAUAUGACAAACAAAGAUAUAGAAAACAAUAUCAGAAAGAAGCUCACUCAGGCUGUUUCACAGCUGGACAAGUCGCAAGGUCUGUUGUCACACCUGGUGUCUGACAUCACUUCCGGCCUGCGCAUCACAAAGACGAUCGCUGUUCCGAACCUAACGGUUCUAGGUACAACAGGCCAUCGCUGGCGACGUACGUUUGGCUCAGGUUCACAUGCUCAACGCUUCCCUCGGUCUUUGUGGCACGGAACCCUCCUGGACAGCAAAACCGUGAUGGCUGCUGCCUUGAUGGGCACAGAAAUGGCUGGCGAUGUGGGCGCGCAGACGUUUGUUGUCAGCACUUGCGAGUGGGAGUCGUGUAGCAUGCACCAUGCUGCAUCAUGA